UAGGGUCGUGGUCACGUGACUCCCGUGUAGAGUAAUCGUUCUGAAAGCAACUUCAGAAAUUCUUCGUGGAAGACCUGGAUUUUGAUACACGUGGAGCAUGGUUCUCCGAAAAGGUACAGACGUCGUCGAAAAUGAACGACGGAAGAGGACCGGGGACCACCACACCGCUCGCAGGCGAGCGAGUGAAAAGCGGGACGACGGGGAGGGGAGGGAGGAAACCGUAGCGGCAGACUGGCUGGUGGAGCGAGUCCGGGAACGGUAGUGCGAGCGAGGGACGAUGACGUGUUCAGCGAGAGGAACAAGGACAAGGAAGUUCACGCAGGAACGUCGCUACGACGAACCUUGCGUGACAUUCCCCCAUAGGGUGAGAGGGGGAGGGGGCAUACGCGAGUUCUCGUUUCCCUAUCUCCGUGCGCCUUGCGCGUACGCUUCGUUUCGUCGCAUGAGGCAUUUGCUCGGCAAAGGUAGAAUAAAAAAUUAAACAUAUGAAUAUGCAUAGAUAAAUUCUUGCAAGUUAGUUCGCUGGAAAUUCUCGUCGUCAUUGCUCCGGAUAGUUUCCGCGUGACAGUUACAAGAAAACAACGUAAAUAAACUUGGCAAAUGAACGUCGAGCUCGCUGGUCAUCAUCAGCAUGCAUUCGUCGCGGCGCACGCUGCAGCGAUGCGUAUCGAGACGCGCGGAUGAGAGCGUAUUGUAAUUUUUCAGCAACAAGUGGACGCAUCGCGUUUACGCAUAUCGAAAUUGUCGAGAUCGCCGUACGGUACAGUCUCGGGGCGGACCAACGCAGAGGAGCAAAAGGGAGGCGAAACGCACAGUGGAUGCAGCGCACGCGGCGUGGAAUGCACCGGGACGGCGGUCCUGGAGUCGGAGCGGCCAACCAAGGGAGGGGCGGUGGGGAAAGGGGAGCCGUCGUAGAAAAGGAAGGGCCGGUAGAACGGAGCGAGUUGGAAUGGGGUCCGAACGAGGUACAUGUACCGAACGCGGCCUUGCCUAAAUCUCUCGCGAUAACUGUGUUCGCUCGUAGAUAUUUCCAUGUUUUUUUGAAGAAUUAGUUUUCGUCAGUGCCUCCGGGUAACACGUCGCGCGACGUGAGAAAGAGAAACAGAGAGAAAGGAAAGAAAACGCGAGAGGAGAGACGCGGGAGUGCCCGCUCCGUCGGGAGCAGGCAGAGUGCAUUGGAGUGCAUCCUGGCGCGAUACGUGUGUCGGAGCAGCAGGUAGAAAAGCAGGAGCAGGAGAAGCGCGAGGGAGGAGAGGAUCCGCGCAUACGUGAGCAUCGGCGUGGAACUCGGCGCGGCCGGAUUCCGCGUGCCCUGCGUGCGCGUAACGUAAGUGCGUGCGAUCGUACGUACGUAGGUACGUAUGUACGUACGCGCGGGGACCUGUUGAUAGGUCUCGCAGGUGUACGAGGGUGGGCCCCGUCCCCACUCUGCUCCUUCUUCCCCCACUGCCAUCGCUAUCGCCGCCGCCGCCGCCGCCACCGCCACCGUCAACGACGACUACGACGGCAACGCGGGCAACGAGGGAGCACACUUUCGGCUAACGCACAGCGCGUUAUGACCGCUUGAUCGACGGAAAGGAUAUCGGUGGCUGGUGGCAUCGCCGCUAUACGCGCCCGUCAGUCAUCGGGGCCCCGGAUGCCCUCUCCCGUGGCUCGCCGCGCCGCCCGUAUAUGGUGCCGUGGAAAAAAACAGCGCGCACCCGACGAAGAAUAAUAACACGAUCGUCGCGAGCGUGGAUUUCGAGUGAGGAGCGCGCGUGCGCGCGCGCAGGUGUCCGUCUGUUUUUGUUUGUUGUGCACACACAAGAAGUGCGCGGGCGUGCGCGAAAAAAUCCGUCGGGGCCGUCGCGUCUUCGUCGACGUUGACUUGUCGGACUCCUCUCCUCAUCACCGUUCUCACCAUCCGCCGAACACCGCCGAGUGCUUCUCCUAGAUUUUGCGUUGUGGACCGCGCGCGCGCGAGCGCGCGUGUGCGACGAGUAGUGGUGCCAGUGUGAGAGGUGAGGUUACGCGUGUGGUACACACAGUCGUCGGGCCCCGACUUGAGAUGCCGUGGCUGCUCAAACUACGGACUCGCGAUUAGUUAGGGAGGUAACGUGAGUGAGUGACGACGUCACGAUGCGCAUGUCGCCGCCGCUGGGGUUAGUGCUCGUGGCAGCAGUCACGCUGCUAGCAAGUGCGAAUGCUAACGCGGAGACGGGCCUACACAUCGAUUCGGACACGGCCACGUUGUUAUCAUCAUCACCAUCUUCGUCGCUAUCAUCAUCGUCGUCGUCGUCGUAUUACUUCGGAACGAAGGAUCGCGAUCAGGUGAUAGCUGGGAUGGAGGCCAGCCUGCUCUCCCUCCUGGGCUUCACGAAGAGACCGAGGCCGCAAGGUCAAGCCCACAUCCCGAAGUCACUCAGGGAUCUUCAUGCCCGUCAGAACGUUAUCGGCGUCGUGGACAUCGCGAAGCCGGGCAUUCACACACGAUCGGCUAACACCGUUCGUUCAUUUCCACAUAUCGAGAGCGAUCUGGACCACAAGUUCCGAUCCCUGAACCGUUUUCGAUUGUCCUUCAACGUAAGCGGGAUACCUAGCGGCGAGACGUUGCAGGCUGCGGAAUUAACCCUGACGCGCGUCGCGGUUCCGGACAAACAGGAUAUAAAUGCGAAACAUAAGCGCGGCCGAGUGUUGGUGUACGAUAUAAUACGGCCCGGCGUGAAGGGUCGCAGCAAGCCGAUAUUGCGGCUGAUCGACAGCAAACUGAUUGACGCAACAAAGAACGCGUCGAUCAGUCUGGACGUGCAUCCUGCUGUGUCGAGAUGGAUAGAGAAUCAUCUGGACAAUCACGGGCUGCUGGUGCACGUGACCGGUGCGCUCGCCAGCACGCGGGAACACGUGCGGCUGAGACGGGCCGCCGACGAGCACAAGGACGCGUGGGUGGUGAGCCGGCCGAUGCUCUACACGUACAUGGACGACGGCCGUUACGGGAUGGCAUCCGCGGAUCAGAUAAUGGACCGGCGGGCCAGGCGGGCCGCCCUGCGGAAGAACCGGCGGAAGGACGGCCGCGUGAAUUGCCGGCGGCAUCCGCUCUACGUCGACUUCGCGGACGUCGGCUGGAACGAUUGGAUCGUCGCGCCGCCCGGAUACGACGCCUUCUACUGCCACGGUGAUUGCCCGUUUCCUCUGGCGGACCAUCUGAACUCGACAAAUCACGCGAUCGUGCAGACCCUCGUUUACUCGACCAAGCCGAGCAUGGUGCCGAAGGCGUGUUGCGUGCCGACCUCGCUCAGCUCGAUAUCGAUGCUCUAUCUGGACGAGGAGAACAAGGUAGUACUGAAGAACUAUCAGGACAUGGCGGUCCUCGGAUGCGGCUGUCGUUGACGUCCUGAACGCGGUCUCUUUUGAUAAGCGGUACGCGAGAUUGUUCGACUCGAGGAAUAGUCGAAAUCGUGAAACAACGUGGAAGGAUAAAGAAAAACAAAUUUAAGAGAUUUAACCUGCCUUUCAGAGGGAGAUUUAUACGAAUUUGCUGUCACUUUUAUGGAUACAUUAAGGAUAAAACGCGAAUGGCGUUGUAUUGUUUUUCCCCAUAUAGAACAUAGUCAUAAUGACACCAUAAAUAUCAUGAGGAUAUCAUCAUGAUUUUGUCAUUUAUAAGUGACAAAAUUACGAUGACGUUCUUGUGAUAUUAUUAUGACUUCUACCCGAGUCAUUUUGUUUGCAUUAUCACGCAAACAACACGCAUGUCCAAAAUUGAGACGUAAGACGUGUUAAAGAUGUCAUUAAAACAUCGUGUUUGAGUGAUCACGCGAACGAAACUUUGAAAGUUCGGCGUUUAUUAUUACGCUGAAAAAGAUUUUUUGGUUCUUCGGUGUACCAUUUUCCUUCGUCAGAAUCAUUAUUUAUGCGAAGUUGUCACGUCAAUUAAAGGUUACCUUUAAUCGAACGUAAAAAGUCAAUCCUUUAUUUUAAGAUCAGAACCAAGUAUUUUUCUUAGUUCUAUGAGUUUGUCUAUUAUUUACUCAUUUUAUUUCACGGAAUGUCUGACAUUCUUUGUGAUCAAGAGACAAAUAUAUUCUCCUGGAUGUCGGUAUCAUGACACGUUAUGUCCGCGAACAGGACAAAUGAAUUAAUUGAUUAUGAUAGUGGGAACGCGAAUGUUGAGAAUGCGAUUGACAUAAAUUUUUUGUUGGUAUCAUCACUACUGAUAAUAAACUCCGACUUUUUUUUUACAUGGAUCUUUAUUGGCGUCAUCUGUUGAUUGACGAUAUCCUGUUGUUUAGCCUUAUGUUUCAAUAAUCUAUCAUUUAAUUUUCAUAGCGCUAUGACAUUUUUGUCAUGAGUUUUGUCGAUACAAUUUUGAUGGCAAAACUCAUGAUAAAAGUAUCACAACGCUAUGAAUAUUAAAUAAUAGAAACAUAGAGCUAAACAAUGAUAUACCAUUCAUGAAUUAGGUAAUGCUAAUAGGGACUAUUGUAAAAAGAUCAGUCACAAUGGACACCGAACACGCCGUGUAUGCUCGUUUUUCAUUCGCUUUCUUAUGCGUUCACGUAAUCACAUGGCAAGUGCGAGUAAUAACGGAAAGCAGCAUGAAAAAUUUAGAAGAAAUUAGCUGACUAAAAUAGAGGAAGUAGACGAUUCGCUAUAUGAUUAAGAGAUAUGUCGCUCAUUCAGUGGAUCUUGAUAAAUCAAUUCUAAAUAGAGGCCUUACAGUAGCCUCUUACUCCAGUUGCGGAUAUGGCGAACGAUGUAGCUCUUAAUCACAGUAGAUUCCUUCUUUCUUUCUCAAGUAGAAUUUUCUCGAAUAGAAUCUCUCCAUUCUCUGAGAUUGCCGGAACCGAAUUAUCCCUCUAUUCUGAAAUUUUCCUUCAACCCUCACUUUUGCUCUAAUGGCACAUGACCAUGUGACAAAUGUGCAGUGCAAAAAAAAAUACAAAAGAAAAAUUUCAGUUUACAAGAGGGCGGUAGUCUCAAAAUAAAGAGGUUUCUACCGUGAUUAGCGGAAUCGGUUUUGCGUGAUGAUGAUUACGCGAUUGCUACUGAUCAAAAGUAUGCGUCAAUUAGUCCAGAACAGUUGAUACAGCUUUUAAUCGUAGCUGCGACAGAAUCAAACGUUAGUUACCGGGUCAUUGCCAGAGUUUAUUGAGAACGCGAUGACUAGAAUAGCUACCCGUUUAUAAGUACACCCAAUUGAGAAAAUGAGUAGAAAUAACUACCUUACUUGAGAAGAUAAUCGAGAAGUACAAUUUUGCGGAUUAACAUCUAGCACAUAUUUCGAUCGGAUCUUCCUAGCGCGGAGAAUAACAAACGUACAAGUACCUUCACGUGUAAAUUUAUCUAGCAUUUUUUCCUUCACAUUCAGUAGUUUUAUUUCUUCGUUUGUGAAUUCGUUUGACGCGAAAAAAUUCUGCCAAGGUUCUAGCGGCACACUGAUUGUAUAUUCUCUCUAAUCAAAUCUGCCUGCAUAGAGUAUUUAAAUUUCAUCCAAUUAUGUCAAUAUAUCAGGGAAUAAAACACUAUUUUGAUAAAUUAUGAAAGCUAUAUAGAUUAUGUAUUAUUCGCGCGCAAAAAGAUCUGCCAAUGUAGCGUUUAAAUCAAUAUGCAAAUAGAAUCCACGAGAUAUACUUCAUAUAUUAUUGUUAAAAGUAUCACGUCGAUAUACCGAUAAAUACACGAAGAAAAAUACAUUGCGACGCAAUGUGGACUUUGAAUGAAAACAUUCCAUCGAUCGAAACGGUCGAAUGCUCUUCUUCAAAUAUUUGUCUUCUUGAAAUGAAUUGGAAUUCUAUUUACUUUAAACGUGCUCGGUGGCAUUUUAUUUAGAAAGAAUCUGAAUCCGUCGAGUUCUGACGAUAUACGAGCGAUUUUAGAAGUGUAAGCUUUCAAAGUGUGACAAAACAUUCAAUUAAUUUUAAUAUAUUUCUAACGCGCCAAGUUGCGCCGAGUGAUAAAAAUAUGUACAAGUGAGACGUGUAACUUGUUAUGUACUUGCGUAAGCACGAACUCACUUAAUGCAUUCGAUAUGUCGAUUAGACUUUGUGAAAAUGAGUAUGGCGUGUGGAAGUAAGCGCGAUACAAAUGUGAAGCGAAUUUUAAUGUCGGCAAAUAUUGCGCAUCGCUGGCUACAUCGCACUGCGAGACAUUGUAACACUUCAGCAAGUGAACAAUGAAAUCACGUGUCGGAAAUACAUAAUUGACUAAUGGUAAUUUCAGCGAUGUAGAAAUGCCUCUUCUACACGCGAUGAAGUAUCAACCAAGGCAAUGUUGGCCGUUUUUGUCCUGAAAAUGACGUUCGUCGUGCAAACGCGUACAUGAAUAAGUACCUCUCCGCAGUUGUCGGAUUGCAUUAACAUUUCCGCACUGUUUUAAAAGAACUAAAGGGACAGGGCAGCAAAUUAGAGAUGCGUAAAUCGGCAUGUCCGGUUACGCGCUGACACGGAGCCAUGGAGAAGUAUGUAUUCCGUCUUUUCAGACGCGAAUGAAUGCAUGCCUACGUAAAUCCUGCCGCCGCGAAUAGAUUGUACCUGCCUAAGGAUUACUCUAUUUAUUUUUCUUUUUCUUUUUUUGCCAAAAGAUCUUGAACACACGUGUAUAUUUGUACAGAAGUGUUUUAUUGAUAAGCGAUCGCCGUUGUAAAAUGUGUAAAAUAGAUAAGAGAUAAACGAGUCUGUGUAAACAUUGUAAAUAAUAUAUUGUAAAGUAUCGUGCGCAUGUAUAUUCUUAUAUAUUUUACCAUUAUUUUGCUAGUUUCACGAUUGUAUACUGAGUGCGUGUGUAAAUAUUAAAUAAAUUUAAUAUGGCAAUAAAACGAAAA